GGACAACCACUAAGCAUACCUUCAAGUCAGGAUGACAUGCCUUGAGUCAGGGUGAAGUGCUGGGGAUUAUCUAAUCAAUGUGUGUGGUUUAUCAGGCUGUGGGUUGAUUAGAUAUGAGUAUAAGUGAAAUUAAUCAGUAUUUGUACAAGGAAUUGAAGAAUUGUGUUGUAAAAUCAUUGACGAUGGCGAAGAAGUUAUCAUUUUUAUGGCAGAAUAACAAAUGUUAUAGAAUUGAAAGGGUGAAGUUUGGUGUUCCACUGGAGCAAGUAUGCAAGAAUGACAUCCCUGGGUCUCUGCUGGUGCUCAUCCUGAAGCUGAAUAAAGAGGGGCCCACCAAGAAGGACGUCUUUCGUGCCCCAGGCCAUCAGGGAUCCAUGAAGAAACUGAUACACUUCUUGCAGAAUGGACGGCUUGUUAACAUUGACAACUUCUCAGUGUAUACUAUUGCGUCCGUCCUUAAAAAAUUUCUCCGAAAACUCCCUGGGGGUAUUUUUGGCCGCGAUGGUGAGCAGCAGCUGUUCUCCAUCAUCCAGUACCAGGACACAGAGCUUCAGCGGGACCACAUCCACCGCCUCAUCACCUCCUUGCCCCCUGUCACCCAACACCUUCUGGUCCUUCUCUUUGGUACAUUCAGAGUAAUAGCCAUGAAUGCAAGUAGAGCACAGACAGGAAUGACUUCAGAGGCUUUAGGCGUGUCGGUUGCGCCCUCCUUCUUCCAGUCUUGUGUGGCAGAUGGAAAGACAGCACGCAUGGAAGAUGUCAUCCGCUUUAAGCACAGUGUCCAUCUCCUGCCAUGUAUUGAACAAGGUUUUACUAGAAAAAAAUCUUUAAUGGGUUACUGUGCACUUUAUAAUGUAACCUGGACUGAGGGUUGGGAUGAAAUGUGAAGUGUUGAGUCAUCAUGGAAAUAACCAGCAUGACAUUGUUUCAUCGAUAUUGCUCUUUGUUGCAAGCUAUCUUUCAGGCUAAGUUUUCCACCUCAUAUUGAACAGGCAGUAUGAUAUGAAAAUUAUAGAAGAAAUUAUAACAAAUUUAUAUUUUUUUGUCUUUUUAAUGUUGUGAGGGAGUACCUUGAGGUAGCUGCAAUUUCAGACUAUGCAUUCCUAUUUACUGUCUGACUGAUCAGACUAUCUGUUGAGAACAUCUCUUUGCAUGCAUUCAUUAUUUAUUCAUAAGAUUAAGAGUGCUUUCUGCUUAUGACAAUCACUGUAUGUAUGAGACAGAUUAAGGCACUUUUGAGACUUAUUCUCUGUUGAUGUGAUACUACAACAUUACAUCAAAAUAUCCCAUGAGCCAUGUUGACUGCAUUUCAUUUUGGUAUUACUUGCAUUCUUUACAUUUGUGGUGUACACCAUUCACAUAAUAUUGUUUGCAUAUUUUGGCUGCUGUCUGAGAAAAAGGUAUUUUUGUUUUUACCAAAUAGUUUGCAGGUUAGUGUUGUAGAUAUUGAAACAGCUAUUGAAAUAUAAAAACUCGAUAUAAAGUGAGUGGCAAGCAUCUUAAGAGUAAAAAACUGGUCUUACUAAUGAAAUGAAUAUACUCAAUAUCUCAGCAGCUAUGCAAGCUGCAUAUUCACCCCCCAUGGAAAAAAUAAAUGAUAAUAAUAAAUAGAUAAGUAAAUAAAGUUUUCAAUUAAUUGGAAACCAAUUCAUAAUGGUUUUAUCAGUAGAGCUUCGUGUAAUGAAACCAGAAAACUAAAAGCUUGUUCUGUAUCUUAAAGCACAUUAACUUUUCUUAGUAAAGACAGUUUUCUUUUAUCAUGAGAAAAAAAAAAAAAAAGAUCAUAAGAGCAGAUAAAAUUGUAGGCUUAAAGUUGUUGUAUUGACAGGCUGUCAGUGGAUGGGAGAGUGUUUACACAAUGUUAUAUUCUCAACUUACAUCCAUUUCACUCCAUUGCAUCUUGUUUGCUGCACUCCAUCCAUAUUAUUUCCCUUGUAUACUGUCUCUUUCAGACAUUUAUUUUUUUCAUGAUUUUCAUUGUUUUGUUAACAUUUUCAUUUUUGUGCUGUCACAUGUGACACUUCUGAUUGAUCCUGCAUUCCUGAUAGCACCACUGCCAUGUUGCAGAGCUUUCCACACAUUGUGCCCUGUACUGCUGUAAUUGUUUAUUCUGAUUUAUAUCAAUACUAGUGAAAUUUCUGAACAAUACUGGGAAAUAUGGCAUGUGGCAGAUGGAAGAGAACACAUGGUGACAGUAGCCUGGUGGCUUGCCCUGAGAAAUAUUUGACAGGAAGUGAUGGGUUUGUCAUCUGCAAGCCUCAGCCAUAUAGAUGAUGUUUGGCAAGCUUGUGUUAAAAUCACCACGUGUUAAGUGUGGUGGAGCUGGAGUGCAAAGUGAGCAUUGGUGACCCACAGACUUUCCUUCAACUUGACCAAACCAUUAUAAACAUUUGCUGUAUGAAAACAUUUGAACUGUAGAUCUAUCUUUUGGUGUCUGUUUGCCCAGAAACAUGAAUGUGGUGAUAAGGAAAAACAUACCGUUCAGUUCUUCAUGGUUUCACCUGGCAUUGGUGUUUUCUUUUGGUUACUUUUUAAAGUCUGCAUUUUUUAUAAUCCUCAACAUAGCAUAGCCUACAAUCUGCAAUGUACUCUGACUUGACUGUAUCACUGAUGUCCAUUGGCAGCUGUGAUCUGACCUUAGUCAUAAUUUGCCAACAUCUCGUUUUUUCUCAAGGCAUUUUGUUUCACAUAUUUAGAUGCACAGGAUUCACAUUGUCUUUUGUUGAUUGAUUGCUACCCAUAUGAAUGAAACAUAUCGGUAUUACAGUAUUUGACUAGUUAUCAUGAAUACAUAUUUUGUGUCAAAGAUGAGACUAAGGUCAUGAUUAAGGAAUAAAGGUGGGUUGUUGGGAAAAACUGUGCUGCAGUUCAAGUUACUCCAGUGUGCCCAUCUUAGUAGUGUUAUGUGUUAUUCACAUAGUUCAUUGUGAAAUUAACUUUAUAUUUUGUGUGAUGUGUAGAUAUGGACACAAAAAAAACUUACUAUACUUCUCAGUAGAAAUGCUUCGGUUGAAAGAAAAUGAUGGAAUUGUAAUGAAUAAAAGGAAAAAGAAAACAUUAAGAUCCAGAGUGUCAAGUGAAUUGUAAGCUGGCGUGUAGGGGCUUUGAAAUUUGUCGUGUAUAGUUUGUUACAGAUGUAGUUUUACAGGUGCAUGUUAUUAGAUACAUGUCCCUCACUUUCUCUUGUAAAGUAAGUGGUAAAUACUGUAUAAAUUUUAAAAAAUUAA